UGGGAGACCUAUCGCAGCGUGUUGUUCAAAUUCAAAGCACAGCAGCCCGGUAUUAGUUCAGUCACUGAAGUGUCAAUAGACCCAGCUGAACAUGAGGAGUAUUCACGGCAACAACGUAAGCAACAAAUGAAACACGAACGGAGGCAAGAGUACGAGAGUAAUACACCCCAGAAUAAGGUGUAUAGUAAGACUAAGUACACCAAACAAGAGAAAAAGGCUUAUAUUGGAGCUAGUAACAAGAACAACACACCACAGCUCAGCGCGACUGCAAUAACUCUGGAUCUCGAGGAGUAUGCAAAGGGCAAUGCUAAUGCGCAGGAGAAUAUAGCUAAUGUUUUAGGAGCGUUGAAAAAGGACAAAGUGGCCGUCACAUCAAGGAAUGAGACGCUAGAACUGGCAAACCAGGCACUCAAUGCUGCACGCAAAGCCAAAUUGGUAUGUAUUCCAUGUGGUGAGGCAUAUGUUGCGCUAGAUGUUAUUGCACGAUUAUGUCAUCGUAAGUAUACAUUAUGA